AUGGGAGAUGUUCAAUCCCCCUCCGGUGCUCCUGAGUAUCCUAUCGUGGAUUCUCGUCAAGGUUCGAACGCUGUAGGUGUCUCGUCGCUUUACCUUGACGAAAAACCAGGGAUGGAGGCUCAAGGUAUCCCCUAUGCGCAGCACCAGCAGUACGCCCCCCCACAGCAGCAUGCCUUCUCCUCCCAACUGGACAUGGCACAGCAACCUGCAACCGGCCGCCCCGGCGCUUUCAACAUGAGCAGCAUGGUGAACGCGCUGCCACAAGCUGCCAUGAGACACAAUCCCUACGCGCCCGGCGGCCAACAACAGCAUCAGCAGCAGCGGUUCAGCCCCGCAACAUCCUCGCCGUCUAUGAUGCCGCAGAUGCCUCAGAUGGCCCCCCAGUACCCUGGCCAAGCCGCGAUGCCGAUGGGGAAUCCGCACUACUACAUGCCACAACAUCCGCAAAUGCAGCACUACUAUGCCAAUCAGCUUUCCCCGAACCAGCAAGCAACUCGACCGAACAUGGGAUACUACCCGAACCAGAUGAUUAUGAACCACCCACAAAGCGGUCACAUACCCCAAGGAUACUACUAUUCUCCGGCCGGCCACUAUGCUCAGGGUCAGGCUAUCCCGAACUCGAUGGUGUCCGCGCAGUACAUGGGAGGGAAUGUGGCACACAACGACCCAAGAGGCAUGCCGCAAGUUUCGAACGGGGUUGACCUCAAUAGCGCACAUGUUCCUUCAAUCCACAAGCCCAGCGAAACGGAUGACGGCCGGUCUGGUAUCGUUCGAGGGCCGCCGCGAAAGCCGCGUCAAAGUGGCCACGCGAUUUGGAUCGGAAAUCUCCCACCCCAGACCGACUUGAUGCACCUAGUUCACCAUGUGUGUAAGGAAGCGAACGGCCUCGAGUCCCUAUUCCUGAUAUCGAAGAGCAAUUGCGCAUUCGCAAACUUCAAAGACGAGCACACCUGUAUGACGGCUCAGCAGAAAUUACACGACUCCAAGUUCCAGUCCGUACGUCUAGUCAGCCGUCUGCGCAAGAGCACCGUCGAAGGCGCAACUGGUGUAACGGCACCUACUGGUCCUGCAGCAUCGUCUGGGUCGCAAACUCCUCUCGAUGCUACGCCGCAGCUUGCAGACAAGGAGAACGCGUCAGAAAACGCAACGUCAGAAACGAAUGUGGCCAAACCAGUUACCACCGCCGUUGAGACGGUAUCCCAGAAGGACAAGUUUUUCAUCCUGAAGAGUUUGACCGUGGAGGAUUUGGAGCUCAGUGUCAGAACAGGCAUUUGGGCAACCCAGUCUCACAACGAAGAAACCCUCAAUUCUGCUUUCAAUGCGGUUGACAACGUGUAUCUUGUCUUUUCUGCGAAUAAAUCGGGAGAAUACUUUGGAUAUGCUAGGAUGACUUCUCAGAUCAACGAGGACCCGGAUGCCGCGAUCGAGUUUGCUCCCAAGGCACACUCUGUGGACGAUGUUGAUUUGCCCAAGGCGAUCCCAACUGAACCCACGGAAUUUGCACCCAAGGGCAGAAUUAUCGACGAUUCGUCGAGAGGAACAAUCUUCUGGGAAGCAGAACGCGAGGAGGGAGACAGCGGGGAUGAAGAGGAGGAGAACGAAGUGGACCAGAGCGACGUGAGCAGCCGGAAGAGCGGGAACCAGGAAGUGGAUGGCACCACGAAGGCUUGGGGUAAGCCGUUCAAGCUCGAAUGGCUGUCGACCGCACGCCUGCCCUUUUACCGAACUAGAGGGCUGAGAAACCCUUGGAACUCGAACCGGGAAGUCAAGAUUGCCAGAGACGGUACGGAGCUGGAGCCAUCAGUUGGGAGGAGGUUGAUUGGACUCUUCAAUAGGGUGCAGAGUCCCGGGCCUGGGUCUGGGCCGGCUGCCAUGCGCCCCGGUAUGGCCAUGAUUGCAGGCUACCCCCCCAUGAGGCCACAGUACCAGCAAUGA